CAGUAGGUGGUGGAAAUGUACCUUCUAAGUUGCCAACUGCCAAUAGAUGAAGAAGAAGCAGAAGUGAAAAACAUUAGUGUUUUGUUUGUGCGUCACGACACUAGGGAGGAGAAAUUCAGGUUACUUCCGCAAAGCAGCCACAAAGGGAACAAACUUUGUCCCACUUCAUCGAUUGUGCAUUCAUCAUUGUAAAAGUGUAAGAAACACGUGCUAUACAAAGUUUCUCAUACUUUUAGAAUUAUGGCUGCACAAUUGCAUGAAUUGGUCACAAAUGUUCCAUCAGACAUUAAAAAUGGAUGUCACCAAGUUCAAUGCAAAUUAUCUGGACUCUAUACAGAAGGUGGUUGUUUGGAACUUGGUGAUUUUGCCAGUGUUGUAAAACGUUACUCUGGUACACUGAUUCCCCUCACAAACCCAAAGGGUUACAGUAUAAGGGUGUGUGGACAGGAUGACACAGUCUACAGUGGCAAUGACGAUCAGCUGGAAGCCUGGAAAGAUUUCUUCCUACCAGAGAGAAUGGAGAUGGUGGUGAUUGGUGCAAUUGAUGAGUUCCCAUGCGACGCAUUUGGCCUACAGUUAGUAAUCUUGCUGUGUGAAGACGGGAAUAUCUAUGCCUACGAAGAUGAAGUUCUGCACCUUGUAGCCAGAAGUAUAAAGGAGCUGUUUGAAACUGGCUUGACCUUUCCUGGAUUAGAACGCUACAAUCUAGGAGAAUGUUUCGAGGAAUACACAGAGGAAGAGUACAAUGAAAUCAUGGAAUCUGAUGAAAUGAAAGAAAUGACAGAAGCACACAACCGUUUUUGUGAACCUUUGGAGCUCCAAAUAUUGGAAUCUCUACGGAAAAUCAAACAAAAUCAAUUGAAGGAUGUGGAGGAAGGCUGUCCCAAGAAGAAUUCAGAUACAACAAAACAGUGUUACAAAUUUCAGGGUGUGGAGGAAGGCUGUCCCAAGAAGAAUUCAGACACAACAAAACAGUGUUUGGAAACUAAUUGCUACAUAAUGCAAAAUGCACCUUCAAACAAAAAAAUACUGAGUGUUCAAUAAAGAGAGCAUUUAAGACUCUUUGUCAAUAGAUUACAUGGACUGAUGAGCUUAUAAACUUUUAAUGGUCAAAAUCUAGAAAUCAAUGUGGCAAAUCGGUCAAUCUGAGGCUGCUAUAGCAAAUUUGAUUACAGCAAGGAGACAUACCGAAGACAUGUAAAAGUAAAUGAGCACUUAUAUUGCAUAAUAUUUAUGUAAGUAUCUCUGAAGAAAAUUUUAACAUAAUAAUUCGCUUUCAUCAUGUACUGAGCCUCUCCUAAACCAUCUAAAAAUUAACAAUUAAAAAGACAAAUAUUGCACUUUGCAUUUCUGUACCAAGCGGCCUUGAUAAUCUAUCAGUUGACCACUAAUAUCAUUAUAGUAUAAUGUCAUUAUAAACAGUUGGAAAUGUUUAAAUCUCUCUUCUUUAAUGUUUAAAUGUGUGUAUAUGAUUCUUUGAUAUCUGGUAGAUUCCUCAUUCCUCCUCCUCAAUAAACAGCAAAAUACAAAUCUG